ACAUCUUGGUCUUGUGCACCUUCAACCACAAACUUCCCUCCCUUUUUCUUGCUAUUUUUAGCAUUCUUAUACAAAAAUAAGCAAAAAAAAUGAAGCAAAUAAUUAUAGCAUUAUUGUCAUUCAUCCUAGUGAUUCUUGUUCGAACAUCACUAGCAACAACAAAAUAUAUACUUGCAAAAGGUGGCAACUACUACGACAUUGUAGCCCUCGGAGCUAAACCCGACCCAAAUAUUGAUUCAUCGAAUGCUUUAAAGGUGGCUUGGAAGUCGGCAUGUGGUUCAUUGGGCCGGUCCACCAUCUUCAUUCCUCAAGGGAGGUUCUUGGUUCGAAAUGCCAUUAAGUUUUCAGGGAAGGGGUGCCAAACUAGUGGGAUUACCUUUAUAAUUAAGGGUACUAUUGCGGCUCCUAAAGAUUUUCGAGUGCUAGGGAACUCGAAGACGUGGGUGUUAUUCGAGGAUGCUUAUGAUGUUACGAUCUCCGGUGGUGUUUUCGAUGGUGAAGGAGCCGGAUUGUGGGAUUGUAAGCGAUUUGGGAAAGGCAGUUGUCCUCGUGGUGUUACAACUUUAGGCUUCAUCAAUUCGAUGAACAUUAUAGUGAAUGGCGUAACUUCACUGAACAGUCAAUUGUUUCACAUGGUUUUCAAUGGGUGUAAGAACGUCAAAGUGCAAGGUGCUAAGAUCUCCGCCUCAGGUGAUAGCCCAAACACUGAUGGUAUCCAUGUACAAAAGUCAACUGGUGUGACAAUUUUGAAUUCACACAUUGCUACUGGCGAUGAUUGUAUCUCAAUUGGCCCCGGAGCUACUAACUUAUGGAUUCAAGAAAUAACAUGCGGCCCAGGUCAUGGUAUUAGCAUUGGAAGCUUGGGAAAGGAGUUAAAUGAGGCAGGAGUACAAAAUGUUACGGUGAAAAUGACCACUUUUACUAAUACACAAAAUGGAGUGAGAAUAAAGUCAUGGGGAAGGCCGAGUAGUGGAUAUGUUCGGAAUAUUGUGUUCCAACAACUCACAAUGGUGCAUGCCCAAAAUCCUAUUAUUAUUGACCAAAAUUAUUGCCCUAGUCAUAAAGGUUGCCCCAACAAGGUUUCUGGCGUAAGAGUUAGUAACGUGACAUAUAAAGAUAUCCGUGGAUCAUCAGCCACGCCAAUUGCAGUAAAACUCGAUUGUAGCUCAAAGUAUCAUUGCUCGGGCAUUACAAUGGAGGACAUAAACCUAUCUCACAAUAACAAGCCAUCAUCUUCAUCUUGUACCAAUUCUGUUGGGACAACUUUUGGUGUAGUUCAGCCAAAUGGUUGUUUGUAAAGUAUAGAAUACUUCAACAAAAUUUUGUGAUUGUAAUUGCAUGGUCUCGAACACUUAAGUGUGUGUUUGGGUGCAUGCAUGCUUUAAUUUUAGAGAAAUUAGUACGUCGUAUUUUUAUGUCGAUCCUUAAGUAUUUAUAUAUAGCGCGGAGGUAUAAAAUUGUAUACCCUUUUCGAAAGUAAUACUCCCUCCGUCCCU